GUGUUUCCCUGAGGCUUCUCAGUCCCCAGGUCCUGGCCUCAUCGGGGCUCUCGGGCAGGGCAAGGCACAAUGUCCUCUCUUUCCUGAGGCAGCUCUGCCCCAGUGUACACAAAUCUAUUGUAAAUAUUCCCAUAAGGUGUUUUCAGUUUUCUGUGUUGGGGGUCUAGUUUGUUGCGGUGGUUAGAAAGUGUCAGUAUCUUAGCAGGAGCGGAUUUAUUGUCUAACAACAGGAUCUUGGUUUUGUAGUAUCUCACUCCCAAGUGCUUUAAAGACUCCCUGUGUAUUGAGUGAGCAGUCAUUUGUUGGGUGGGAAACCACAGCUGUUUGGUAGUACACAGCAACACAAAACAACAGUGUUGGGUGAGAGAUGAAGAACAAUCCCAUAUAGAACUGCACUGGCUGGGGAGAUGUAACAGACUAGACUAUAAUUACACAGAUUGAAAUUUGAUCAAUACUCCUGCUUAACACCUGAUUCCCUCACUUCAAAAAAAAAAAAAAAAAGGGGGGGGGCAAAGCAUCAUGGAAUCUUUGUGACUGCAUUAGUAUGAGACUUAAGCUUUAUUCCUCUUUGGAAAGACUGACCCUCAUGCAGCAUAGAGUCUUUAAUACCCAUUGUCAUUGGUCUGAGCCAAGUGUGCCAUCUAUUAAGUCAUUCACAGUCCCUUCCUGACUGUUAGAGGUCUCCCAUCCAUGGACUGAGCAGGCCCAACCCUGUUUUUUGCAUAUAACAGCUGAUGGUAUGACAUCACAUGGUGUUCUGAAUGCAGGCCAUUUCACUUUUAGGCUGGAUACUGGGACAUAGUGCUUCAAGGAAGAAAAUGCAAUCUCGUGUCUGUGUCAGGAGUAAAUUUGUCUUUAAUUGCUAUAGCAUGAGGUGCUCUUGACUGGGAAGGGGAAGUGGUAGUCCUAAUUUUAAAGGGAAGACUGAGCUGUAGCACAAGAAAAACAGUUUGCCUGUAUUAGUCCUAUUGGGCAGGUCCAAGUAGACAUUGCCAAUGGAUGAGCUGGUGCACGACUUGGCCUCGGCCUUGGAGCAGACCUCAGAACAAAACAAGCUGGAUGAGCUGUGGGAAGAGAUGGCCCUGAGCCCAAGGCAGCAGCGGCGGCAGCUUCGCAAGAGGAGGGGUCGUAAGCGGCGCUCAGACUUCACGCACCAGGCGGAGCAUGCCUGCUGCUACAGUGAGGCUUCGGAAUCAAGUCUGGAUGAAGCCAUGAAAGACUGUCGUGAGGUGUUGACUGCCAACUUCAGUGACUCAGAUGACAUGGCUGUGGCCAAACGUCACCCAGCUCUGAGUGCCACCCUAAAGAGCAAGCAGCAUUCUUGGCAUGAGUCGGACUCCUUCACGGAAAAUGGACCCUGCCGGCCCCUCAGGCGUCGCCGGAAGGUGAAACGUGUGACCUCAGAGGUAGCUGCUAGCCUCCAGCAGAAACUCAAGGUGUCGGAGUGGAAUUAUGAGAGAGGCUAUAGGUUCAAGUCAGCCAAGAAGCAGCGUCUGUCACGCUGGAAGGAGAACGCCCCUUGGACUUCAUCCAGCCAUGGCCUGUGUGAGUCAGCAGAGAACAGGCCCUUCCUCAGUAAAGGGGGGAGGAAGGAGAGGAUGGAGUGUGAAGCGGAUGAACAAAAACAGGGUUCUGAUGAAAACAUGUCUGAAUGUGAAACCAGCAGUGUGUGCAGCAGCAGUGACACUGGCCUCUUCACCAAUGACGAAGGCCGUCAAGGGGAUGACGAGCAGAGCGAUUGGUUCUAUGAGGGAGAAUGUGUCCCAGGAUUCACCGUCCCCAACCUCCUGCCCAAGUGGAGAGCUGAUCACCGGUCUGAGGUGGAGCGAAUGGACUCUGGCCUGGAAAAACUCUCCGAUUCUACGUUCCUUUUGCCUUCCCGGCCUGCUCAGAGGGGGUUUCAUGCCCGUCUGAACCGCCUUCCAGGAGCUGCUGCCCGUUGUCUCAGAAAGGGACGUAGGAGGCUCGUUGGCAAGGAGACCAGCUUGAGCACUCUGGGCAGUGAGAGGAUGAGCCACAUCGUUAGUGACCCACGUCAAAAAGAAAAGAACAAGGUGCUGGCUUCCGAUUUCCACCACAUUGUGGCCUGUGCACAUGAGUUCAAUCCGUUAUCUCCUUUGUACUCUCUGGAUGUUCUUGCUGAUGCCUCCCACAGAAGAUGCUCACCAGCACACUGCAGUGCCAGACAGACAAAUAUACACCUGGGACCGCCCUGCUCAAGGGAUAUCAAGAGGAAACGAAAGCCAGCAGCAGCUGUAGCCUCUCUUUCCAGCCCUACUUCAGCUUUACCUGUCCACAUGGAUGCAGCAGACUCAUCCCUGCCAGCGACAUAGUCCCAGAGGUCCCAGAGCUCUGACUGGAUGGUCAGAACCCAGGCAGCAGAGAAAUCCACUGCUGCUGCUCCAGCUAACUUCUUUAAAACACCACAAGAGAAGGGCCCUGGAUACAGCUAGAUGGAGGUGUCUCUACUCGGAGCUGGUUGCGUUUAUGAAAUGUUGGACUUCGAAGUACAUCAGCACCGAACGUCUCAUUUGGCCAUAACCAUCUCAUCAGUGUUGGUGCGUGAUGCCCACCGUCCUCCAGACUCAGCUGUGUGCCUCGUACAUCCCGAGAUCAUGUUUGUGAAUCUGUGUAAAAAGUAACUGGUGAUGUUGGGGCUGCAGCUUUUUUAAAACAUUCCUGCUAUUGCUGUGAGUACUUAUUACGCACUCAUCUCCUACCCCAGCACCUGUUAGCAUCUGCUGGGAUGUGUACAGAGCCUUGUGGGUUUGCAGGUGUUGGUCUUUGUUAUGAAGCUGGUCACCACUUGGGCAUAUCGUUUGUUGCAAAAGGCUGAAUAUAGCAGGAGAAAGAUUCUUGCCUCUGCAGAGCUGCAAUAGGGCUGUCUUUGGCAAGCAUGAGGUCAGAAACAAAGGCCAGCUUAGUAUCCCUGGUCAGGGGAGGAGGAGGGGAACAGAGUGCGCAAACAGGUUUGAAAUGUGGGACUUGAAUUCUGUAUUAGCAAAAUGCCUAUCGGCCUCUCACUAAGGGACAUGGGAGUCAAGAUGUUGCUUCUAAUGAAGCAAAUGUGACUCUUGUCCUGUCAGGAAUUUCCAGUGGCUCACUGUCAGCAUGGUCCUUCACUGUUUUUUGUCCUUUCUUGUUUGGAGUGUCUUUAGUCUUGCCCUGUGAAUUGCAGUAUUCUUUCCUUAUUCCCCAUCCUCUCCACUUGUCCUGCUGGACAAGGGGUUGGCAGAACUAAUUAGGCAAAAAUGUGCAGCCUGGAGUUAUGAGAGGAAGCUUGGAUCAAGUUGCCCUAAAAUAUCCUCUGAGAAGUCUUCACUGGGGAGAUGACAGAGAGGAAAUAUUGGAAUACUAUCCAUGGGCAUCCAGCUUCAGACACUACGGUAAGCAAUCCCCAGGACACUUGAAGUUGAAGUCCAUGUCCCACUGUGUACUAAAAGUCAUAUAGAGUAUUAUCUGAGUUCAAAGCACUCUCUACAGAUUGAACCGCUUCCCCAUCUCACGUUCUCCCUGUCUUCCUCAAAGGUUAGUGUUCUGAAGUAUACCUAAGUGGGGUUCCCCUCUGUCUCUGGAGUAUACAUGGGAGGGGUCUCCCUCUAUCAUUGAUUGUACUCUGCUCUGUAGUAUAUAUGGGAGGGGUGUCCCUGGAUUUCCAGUUGUACUCUGCUCUGUGGUAUAUAUAGGAAGCGUUUGCCUUCUCCACCUUUCCUUGCGUCCCUGAUGGCAUUUGCUUUGCAGUAUAUUGGGGUGGUUCUUUUCUCCCCGGAACCCUUUCCCUUUAUCCCUGAUUGCUCCAUAGAGGUGGAACUUGCACCUCCUAGAUGUAGAUGAUGGAUUUGCAUGUUUCCCUUGCUUUGCGCUCUCUGACCUAUAAAUCAAAUGAGUGAGGAAUAGAUUUUGAUUAUGAGCAUAUCAGAAAAUGUUUUAAUUGUUUUUAAAUUUUCUUUGUCUAAAUAUUUUAAAAUUAAAUGGCCAGCCAUGAAGAUUCAUAACAGACAAAGUAAGUUACAAAAUCAAACAAAACGCUCUCGAACAAUCUAAAUCAUGACUGAUGAAUAGUUACAUUAGACAAAGUGUCCAUGUCUUAUCCACUAAUACCUAUUUACUCUUGGGGAGAGACCCAAAUUGGAUUUAUGUUUUGUCCCAAGGAAACUCUCAGCUCUGCCCACGUAAAUCCCUCUGAAAAAUUUCAUGCGUCUUUCUUAUACAUAUUGAAAUACCUUAGAGGGAGAGCCUUGUUACCCUUGUACAGGGGCACAAAGGUUAAAGGCUAGUUUGGAUUAUCUGUGAGCAAUUACAAGGGAUUUGAGGGGAGAGAAAUGUUCAGAUGAAGUUAGUGUCUUUACAUUUUGAUUUUUGUGCUUUGUACAAACCCAAGUCUGUAACGCUUGACAAGUAAUAAAGACAGUCCCUACCAUGAAGAGCCUGCGAUCUAAAACCCGUACAGAGAAGAUGGGACACUGGGAAAACAUAAUUUAGGGAAUAACUUGGAUUUUUUAUUAUUUCAGUCCUUGUGGGCAAAGCAGGAGAUGAACUCCAUCCAACUGCUAAUUUGCUUCUUGGUUAUAGAAGGUGGUGUUUCAAUGGAGAGAUGAAUGGAGUUGUUAGAUACUGUUUGUUUAAUGCAAGGGCGAGCACAGGUAGGGGACAUGUGUUAAAGAGUGAGGGCUGUAAGCAUUGAGGAGCUGAGAGUAAGUAAUGUCACUCCUAUUCCCUGCAUUUGUUGAUAAUCCAAUAGUGGGUUGCAGCUAACUGCAGGUUAGCUGUGUAGUUGUCCUAUGGUCCCUUGUUUCCAUUCCAUAAAUCUUUCUUUCCUUGAACAGUUGUAUUCAUCAUUUUAAAGCACAGUUGUAUGCAUCAUUUUAAACCAUUUCCCUGGCUUCCUCAUGAAAGCGAAUUAGACCAGUGGCCUAUUUAGUACUUGGUUGUCUCUUGGAAGAAGCUCAGAAACUUCAGUGAUGAGUGCCAUUAGAAGAAUUUAGAUGGGCCACCUACCCUAACAAAACACACUCCGAAAUUAGGCUUCUUUGUUUUUAUUUCCAUUGUUAGAGUGGAGACUAUGUAUCUAUGCUGUUCAUAGAUUCCAAGGCCAGAAGGGACCAUUGUGAUCAUCUCGUCUUACCUCCUGUAUAACACAGGCCAUAGAACUUCCCCAAAAUAAUUCCUAGAGUAGAUCUUUGACAAACAUCCAAUUUGACAAUUUUUUAAACAAGUGAUGGAGACUCCACUAUGACCCUUCGAAAGUUGUUCCAGUGGUUAAUUACUGACUGUUAAAAAAUGUACAUGUUGUUUCUAGUUUGAAUUUGUCUAGCUUCAGGUCCAGCCUUGGAUCGUGUUAUACCUUUCUCUGCAAGAUUGAAGGAGCCCAUUAAAUAUUUCUUCCCCAUGUCGAUACUUAGACUGUAAUCAAAUCACUCCUUAACCUUCUGCUCAUUAAGCUAACUAGAUUGAGCUCCUGGAGAAUUUCACUAUAAGGCAUAUUUUCUAAUGGUUCGAUCAUUCUCAUGGCUGUUCUCUGAGCCCUCUCCAAUUUAUCAAUAUCUUUCUUGAAUUGUGGACACCAGAACUGGACACAGUAUUCCAGCAGCAGUUGCACCAGUGCCAAAUACAGAGGUAAAGUGACCUCUCUGCUACUUGAGAGUUUCCUGUUUAUGCAUUCCAGGAUCAUAUUAGCUCUUUUAGCCAUGGCAUUGGGAGCUCAUGUUCAGCUGAUUAUCUACCAUGACCCCCAAAACUUUUUCCAGUCACUCCUUCCCAGAAGAGAGUCCCACAUUCUGUAAGUAUGGCCUACAUUUUGUUCAUACAUCUAUCCAUUUCCAUAUAACCAUAUUAAAAUACAUAUUGUUUGCUUGCAACCAGCUUAUCAAGUGAUCCAGAUUGCUCGGUCUUCAUUAUUUAUCCCACCCCCCAAUUUGUGUCACCUGAAAACUUUAUCAGUGAUUAUUUCGUUUUCUUCGAUAAACGACCAUCGACCUACGCUAUUUAACAUUUUUAUCAAGAACCGAUCCCAUUGGGACCCCGUUGGAAACGCACACACUUGAUGAUGAUUCUCCAUUUACAAUUACAAUUUGAGACCUGUAAAUUAGCCAAUUCGUAAUUAAUUUAUUGUGUGCCAUGUUAAUUUUAUAGUUCUGUCAGUGUAUAUAUAGAUAUUCUGCAAAAUCAUAAACAUCAGAGAUGGAAAAGUUCUAUUAAAAUGGGGCUUUUCAGUGUUUUGUGUACUUUGACCUCAUGUUGCAACAGAAAACAUUUUAUGACCUUCCUUCUAACCUUAGGAAGGUGAUCACAAUCCCCAAAACCCAUUUGCAACACCCAUAUUCACAAGACAUGUAUGAAAAUAGGCAGUCUUUCAUUGCUAAUGCAGGAUUGCUCCCUACAAAAGCAUUUUCUAGUGCUUUGUCCAGUCUAGCUUUAAAUAUCCCUAGAGAAAGACCCUUCACAGCUUCCCUUGGUUUGCAAGUCUAUUAAUCAGCCUAAUAUAUCUCACUGAGAGUUUUCCUAACAGCCAUCUUAAUUUUUCCCUGUCUUAAAUUCAUCUCGUUACUCCUGGUUAUAUUCACUUGUAUCAUCCUACAUAAUUCUUCUCCCUCCUGGGUGCUAGCACCAUUCACCAUUAAUAGAUUGUUAUAUGGAAUUAGCAGCCUAGUCUCACAAUUGAGCGGUCCAGACUGCAACUCCAUGUUCUCAGAGGGCAGGUAGGAAACUAUUUAUUUAUUCUCAAAAUUUCCUGUUGAUGUCAAUAGAGCUGCUGAUCCAAGCAAGGACUGUGGGAUCAAGCUCUUAGAUUGUAUGCUCUUCAGGUCAGGGUGCCGACCCAUUUUCUUUCAUCUCCAAAGGAUUGAGCAUACUUAUGGCACUAUUGAAGAAAUAACCAUAGCAGACACCUCCUUUGUAGGUAGCAUCUCCUGCCAUGGGAUGUUUCCAAAAGGGCUGGAGAGUCAUGUGAGUUCCUGCAACUGCUUUCUCUUCCCCACUUGCAGUCUAGAAUCCAAUUAUGGGUUAGCCAGGCUCUGGGCAGGAUUGCUGAUUUGUAGGGGAUUCCACAAGCUUAGUGUGGGACAAAUGUUGCAUUCUGUGCUGUGACUGCAGAAACUGGAGUGUUACGUGAUUUGUUGUGUUGUAAAAUCCCUUUCAGAGAUCAGUAGCUUGCUUCAGGUUUUAAAUAAAGAUCCUUAGUAUUGCUGUGAUCCAGCUGAUUUGUUUUGUUUCUCUUUCUCUAGGGCAGGUGUUCUCUUUCCUCUCCUUCCCCUCAGUCAUGUAGUUUAUUGUAUGUCCAGGCUCCUUGCCCCUCUCUGAGGAAUGCUACUUGUGGCAGCAAAGGGAGUAAGGGGACAAAGGUUUUUAAGAAGCAAGUUUCAGUAAAAUAAUAAAACAAGGAAACUAUAUGCAAUGAUCCUGCUUCUAGGGCAGCAGGAGCUGACACCCACCUUAGGGAGCUGGUGCUGAGUCCCAGCAUGAGGCUAAGGCCUGGUCAACACUUAUAAUUUAAAUUCUCAUAGCUGUGAUGCUUAAGGGUGUGAAAAAUCCACACCCCUGAGUGCCAUAACUCUGCUGACCUAUCCCCUGGUAUAGACUCAGCUAGGUCAAUGAAACAAUGUUUCCAUCGACCUAGCUACCAUCGUUAAGGGGAGGUGGUGUUCCUACAGAAACAGGUGUCCCUUCCAUCACUGAAAGCUGAAUCUACAUAUGGGGUUAUGCUGACAGCUAUGGCACUAUAGUGUAGACAUGGCCUUAGCUGCCCCACUUUAACUCUGUUGGGAUUGGUAAAGUGGUACAACUCCCAGUGUGGAUGUAGUUUUACUGGUAUACAGGUGCUUUUACCGGUAUAGCUACCUUUGUACAGGAAGGGGAAUAACUACUGGUGUAAAUCACUUUUAUACCAACUGCAGCCACCCUGGGGAUUGUAUCCAGUAUAGCUAUUUUAGUAAAAAUCCACACCACUAAUUGAUACAGUUAUACUGAUAAACCUUUCAGUUAUAGACCAGGCCUUAGUGAAGCAGGAGCUUGAAAGAUCAUAGUCUGUGUGACUCUGAAGGGAGCAGGAACACAGUCCUGGCUCAGGGAAAAUCAACAGCCCAGAGCAAAGUCCCUCUGUUACACUUAGGCUUUGUCUACACUAACGCUUUUUGUUGGCAAAACUUUUAUCGGUCGGGAGGGCACCCCUGACCUACACAAAUUUCACCAACAAAAGCACUGGUGCGCACAGCGCUAUGUCAGCGGGAAAUGCUCUCCUGUCAACAUAGUUACCUCCACUCAUUGAAGGUGGUUUAAUCAAGCCAGUGGAAGAGCUCUCUGUCGGCAUACAGCAGCUACAUUGGAGGCUUUACAGCAGCACAGCUGCAGUGGUACAGCUGUGCUGCUGUAAGGUCCGUAGUGUAGACGUAGCAUUAGAAAGUUAGUUAAGAGACUGGAGGCAUCUGGAAAGAUGUGGGAGGUCCAGAAGCUGAGUGUGGGCACAAAAAUAUUCAGAAGACUGAAAGAGCUAUUUGAGCUGUAGAAACAAAGCUUUACUGAACUAAGGUAGACUGUGCAGGAGACAGGGCAUUAUAAUGAAAUCUGUUUGAGGAUCCUCUUGGACCUGUUCCAUGGUCUCACACCAACCUCACCAUGUGGCUUCCAGGCUUUAAGCUUCAAUCCCCCACUUCAGAUCUCUUUCCUUUUUCUCUGAACAAUUGGGGUUUCCUUUUCUUUCUUUUUGUUUUUUUUUUUUUCCCCUUUGAAAAUAAAGCUUCAUUUAAUCAUAAUGACAAGGCUGGAAUGAUGGAUGUGAGGUGGAAGAGAAUUCCACAGCUGGGAGGAGCAUAUGGUUAAAACAUCUUCAAAGCUAAAGGUCCUGGAAUAGUAGAAGCUACAAGACCAGCACUGGCUGAUCUCACAGCCUGGUAAUUGUGGGAGAAAAAGGAAGCCCCUUAUUUAAAAAGGGGCAAGACCAUUUGAAGUCUUCUGUGGAAGAAGUGUCAUCUUGCAACUAGUGUCUUACUGAUAUAGGUAUUUGAUGCCUCCUAUCACCAUCGUAUCUGAGCGGCUCAACUACCGUGCCAUUUAUCACUGUGAAAACCAUUUUUGGAGGAGAGAGAUGUUCUGAAUGUUUAACUGUGAGGAGGGGAGAAUUUUGGUUGCUGCCUGGAGAAUCUAUGGACCACAAGCCCCUCUCUGCAGUGGUCCUGUCCUGCCAGUUGUGAUGCAGUGUACUGUCAGUGUGAUGCACAGAGCAAAAUUACAGAUAUUUUUUUGGGAAGAUGGAACAGAAGCUUAAAAAGGGAGAGUGAAACAUAGGAAAAGGGAAUCUGAUAUUACAUGGAAAUCAAAAGCUAAGUUAGUUAAGGACAGCGAGAAAAAUGUGAAAAAGCUAAAGUAACCAUGGUUAGUACAGGUCAAAGGGGAAUGUAGGUGAUACUUUCUGUAGGACAGAACAGAAAGCAUUGUAGUGUCAUAUAGACAGAAAAGAUAAUAGAGAGGCUGAGUUGGAACCCUUGCAGGACCUAUGUAGUUACAUUUCCUGCCUUUGACUUCAGUCCAACAUGCUGACAGCACUGAAAGGUCUGCAAGUGAAAGGUCUGCAAGGGCAACACAUUGACCUUCUGAGACAGCUGUAUCUUUAUGACAACAUUAGGAAAGAUGCCCAGAAAGGUUUUAGUUCAGGUAUUUAUUGGUAAAUGUACCACCUAGCUCAAAGGCUCAGCAGUGGAUCGUAUGAAACCUUUAUCUGUUAAGUCACUGAUUUUUUUGACUUCACCCGGAAGUGACUAAAAAAGAUUGCUAGCUUGCAGAUCUCUAGUAGAUUUUAAGAAGAUUGCUCGCAGUCUGUUAUGUUCUUAGUGGACAGAUGUAUACCACACAAUUAUUAUUAAUCACCAACAACGUGCUUGGCUCUGUGUAAGACAGGAAAUACAGAUAGCCCCUUCCUAGGCUAGCUUAUCAUUUAAAGAGAAAUACUGAAUAUGAAAACAAAAAAUACUGUUGCCAUUGGAACUAUUAAUACUUGUGUUGGUAGUAUCAGGUGAGACAAAGAACUGAAUGAGCUGUGGAAGUGAUUGUGUGGUGAACUGGGAAUAGCAAUGCUGACUCACCUUUGUCCAGUGCUUUGAGAUCUAUGUAUGAAAAGUGCUAUAGUUAAGUUGUGUCUUUAGAUUUUCCCUAGAUGUAACUGUGUUUUCCAGGUUGAAUUUAAUUUUAUUCCUGUAUUUUCAGCCUCUCCUUGUUUAUAAUUCUUUGCCUUGCUGCUAUUCACAAUUUCCCAGUUAGAUUUAAUGUAAUGUGCUGUCUCCUCCCAUUUCCAGAGCGUUAAUGAAGAAGUUAAAUAAGACUGGACCUUACACUCAAGCCAUGUGGUUCUCUAUUGAACUUCUUGCUCCAUCUCACCAUAUUGUCAUUUAUUAUUAUUUUUAUUACAGUAGCCCUUAAGCCCCCUAGUCAUAGAUCAAGACCCCGUUGCGCUGGGCCCUAUUCAAACACAGAACAAAGACUGUUCCUUCCCCAAAUGGCUUAGUCAUUGUGCUCUUGGCCUUUCAUCUAAUUUGAGUCCAUGGUGUGCUCAGAAUUAUUGUCAGCUCCGUGAGAACAAAUAAGAUUUUUUGUGAUGCUGUGUAAAGUGAAGUCCAGCUCUAUCGCACUGUGUUCACUUGUGAAUGCGAUCGCUCGCUUCAUGAGCCUCCUAGGGGGUCAGUGAGGACAAAGCAGGCUCUCUUCUUUCCUAGUGCCCCCCUGUUGACAGUUGUACCAGCACAGCAGUAAUCUGCUCUUUCAGUGACUCAGCUCUCUGGCCAAGUCAUGAAUUGUGUCCACCCCUUUCAGGGUACACAGAGUCCAACAGAGGAUAGCCUUAGUGUCAGGCAAAGAGGUUCCAGGCCACAUUGGGCCAAGGUCCCAGAGUCAUGACCCUCUGGGUUAUAGAGUCUUCCUAGUCCAUAUUCCUCUGUAUCCGGUGUAGGCUCUUUGCCUUCAGCCCUAUCUGGGGGUUGGUAGGGGAACCCAGGCCUACUCUCUCCACCACAGGGCUGGCUCCAGGCACCAGCCUUACAAGAAGGUGCUUGGGGCGGCAGUCAGAAAGGAGCGGCAGAGUUUCCACGGCAGCAGCUUCCCCGUUCCGCUGGCCGUGGUGGCAAUUCGGCAGCAGCUUCUCUCUCUCUCCUGCCGUCUGCGGCGACAAUUUGGUGGCGACAGGCCUUUUUCACUGCUUGGGGCAGCAAAAACGGUAGAGCCAGCCCUGCUCCACCAGGUCCUAAUCCAGGGCCAUGUGAUGGGCAGCAAGGUCCUGCACCCUAAUGGGCUGUGCAGCUGCUUCCCUGCAUUGCUUCCCACCGGUCUCCUCUCUCAGAAGGGCAAAGCAAAGAUGUAAGGAAAAUAAAUCAAAAGAUAAAUCCCAGGCCUUGCAGGUAUCCAAAGUCCCUUUUCCUGCAGGAGGUCAGAUAGGUUCUUAAUAGUCAAGGGCCCCAGGCAGCUGGCCCUUCAAUAGUACUCCCUCUGAGGAGCUAAGAGUGUAAGCCUGCUCACCUCCACUGACGACUACUAUUGAGUUGCUCUGCUCCUCCUCCAGUCCAUCAUGCAUUGCAGGUGAGGCUGCCUAGGCCCAAAGUAGCUCCUUAACCCAUUCUUUUCCAGUGCAGGAUUUGUAAACCCCAUCACACCCCUUCAUCUACUAAUUCAGUAAUUCUAUUUUAUUAUAUGUGUUUUACGGUAGUUCCCAGAGGCCUCAGGAAGGAUCAAGGCCCAAUUUUGCUAGGUGCUGUUCCAAAUGCAGACUAAAAACAGCUUCUGCUUUGGAGUGUUUACAAUGUAAUAAAGGGUGAAGAAAGUAUGAAGACACACGUGGGGAAAAGAAACAAAAGAGGCAUUGUAGCUGGUGUCACUGAAUGAUCGAUUAUUACAAUUGAAUGACUGUAGUGUGUGCAGAGAUGCACAUUACCGGCGCUUUGAACAAAGAUGACACUGAGGCAGUUGUCGUCUGUGCUCCCAGCCAAAGGGGGUCAUGCCAUCAUGGACAUCACUGACCCAUGUGCACUGUGGGUAUAUGAUGAAAAAGUAAAUUGCCUCAGUGGCAGCUAGAGAUUUGGUUGGGUGCCACUAGUUUCAUCUUUUGUCCCUUGGUGUCCGUCUCUCAGCCCUCCCACCCCCCGCCCCAAGAAGUAGGUACAGUAUAACCUCAGAGUUAUGAACUGAUGGAUCAACCACACAUCUCAUUUGGAAUUGAAAGUACACAAUCAGGCAGCAGCAGAGACCAAAAAACCAAAACCACAAGUGCAGUACAGUACUGUGUUAAAUGUAAACUACUAACAAAUAAAGGGAAAGAAGCAUUUUUCUUCUGCAUAAUAAAGUUUCAAAGCUGUAUUAAGUCAAUGUUCAGUUGUAAACUUUUGAAAGAACCACCAUAAUGUUUUGUUCAGUUAUGACCAUUUCAGAGUUAUGAACAACCUCCAUUCCGGAAGUGUUUAUAACUCUGAGGUCUACUGUAUUUAAAAGGGGGGAGGGGGGAAAGAAAAGGGUAGGUGCUUUAAAACCAUAAAGGAAUUGUAUGAACCAGAAAGGGCCUGGCAUUUAUUAUUGAGAUAUAGACAAAACAUAUUACAGGGGGACUGUCAAAUGUGCAGCGUGAACACCACCUGCCCCCAGUGUCUCUGUUCUUGUAUCUUUAAUUUUGUCCGCUUUUUUGCCCCAGUUUAACCGUUUGGUUUGGGAGGUAUGUUGCCUUUGUAUCCUUGAACAGCUAUGUAAAAAAUAAACAAAACAAAAAAAGGCCUUCUAGUGAGAGACUUAGAGCUCAAUCUGUUUAGCUUAGCACUGAGGUUGAGAGGUGACUUCAUUACAGUGCAGAAGUUCUUUCAUGGGGUACUAACAGUCUCUCUCUCUAAUCUAGCAGAGAAAGGCAUUACAAGAACCAGUGGCUGGAAGCUCAAGUCAGACAAACUCUAGUUAUAAACUAGGCGCACAUUUUUAACAGUGAUGGUGAUUUAACCAAUGGAACAACGUAUGCAGGAAGUGGUGGAUUCUCAAUCUCUUGAUGUGUUCGUAUCUAGACUGGAUGCCUUUCUGGAAGGUAUGCUUUAGUCAAACCUAUGUUACUAGGUUCAACACAAGGGUAAAUGGGUGAAAUUCAUAAUGGAGGUCAGAUUAGAUGAUCAAAUAGAUUUUUGGCUCUGAAAUGUAUGAAGCAGGUUGGCUUUUUGUCUUCCUAUCUUUCCACCCUAUUGUUGUGUGAGAAGAGAGAUCCAAUGAAAGGUGGGUAGAAUUAUGGUUCCUGGCAGUAUAAUCUGGGUGAAAAAUCCAGAUCUGUGAAAUGACUGAAGAUGAUAUUGUGUUGCCAAAGGGCUGCAAGCAUGGAAUUAAUAGUUGGUGAGACCAGGAGAAAGGCAAGAAUUUUGCUUAUGCAAAUAAACAUACAUCUCUGACCUCAUUUGUGUGUAACCUCACAGGACUGAAGACAGUGAGGCAAUGUGGUGGUGUUGUGCACUUUCAAGGCACCCAACUAUCUCCUGGUUAAAGAUUCCUUCACAGUUAGGAUGCCCCCCUCUUCCAGCUACACAUAAGUGAAGCAGGAAUCCCUCCUGUUUCUAUACAGAAUCUAUCCGUGUUGAGUCAACUUCAGGAGCUCUGUCUCAGUUCUUUAGCUCAGUUGUAUAGUCUGUGUGGAUUCUCCCCUAGACUAAAGCAAGUCGGGAAUUGGUGGGCUUGCUAUUGCCUUGGCAGGACAUCUGAUGAAAUAAAAUACUUAUAACUUCCUUGCAUUUUAUCGCCCAUAAUCAGGAAUUGAUUCCACUUCCCCUGGUGUGACAUAAGGAAAGAUGCCUCCCUGCAGAAGUGCUCCACGGGUGGCCCUGGUUUGAUAUGAAAGGGGCAGGUGGCAGGUGUCUUCCUAUGGAAGAGCUUUGCUGCACCCAGCUUCUGACAGGAGAUGAUGUGGCUGGAGAGAGUGUUGUUCCCACUGGUAUCAUGGUCUCUAAUAAUAAGAGGGCAAUGACCAGCUUUAAAAUGCACCAAACUGCAUCUCCUGGCAUGUUUCAAAAUAAAUGUAAAAUUCCUAUACUGAUAGGGCAGUGCCCCAUGCCAACUCUGAAAUCAUGGGUCCUGGAAUUGGCACUGAUAUCUAGUGCUAGCAGCUAUCUUUGUUGUCCGGAAUGGUGUAUUCUAGUCCUUGGUACUGGAAGUUCUGCUAUUAAUACCCUGAACUGAGGCCAUGUGCAUUGAGCUGGCCCCUGGGCAGAGCUGAAGUCUAAGAAUUCCCUCUCUCUCUCUCACCUUUGGCUGCACCAGAGACUAAGCCAAAAGCAGGAAAAGCUAGAAGAAACCUGAUCAUUCAUCUGUCAUGGGCAGCCUAUCCAAAGAGAGCAUUGGGAUGGUUUUCUCCUAGAAGCCUGUGUGGGGCACUAUGUACAUAUCAAGUGUUUUGUAUGGUCAUGGAGUUUCCCUAUUAACAGGGCUUGGACUCCAGACUGUUAGGACUAUUUUUGUUUGUUUGGUAAGGUUGUAAACAAGGAAAACUCAUGUCUGUGUCCCUUGGUCUAAAAACAUGCUGUGUACUCUCUGAGAAUCUUUGUUCAGAUUGUAGAAACUGGAAAUAAAAUCAAUAUUCAAAAUAAA